GCGGUCGCAGCUCCGCGCCCCGUGCCUGAUGCCUGUCCCCAGCUGACGACACCGCCAUGGCCGGGGCACAGGGCUGCGGCGAGGGCAAGAUUGCAGGGCUGUACGACCUGGAGCGCACGCUGGGCAAGGGCCACUUUGCAGUAGUGAAGCUGGCCCGGCACGUCUUCACCGGGCAGCGCGUGGCUGUGAAGGUGAUCGAUAAGAGCAAGCUGGCCGGGGAGGCGGCAGGGCAGCUCCUGCAGGAGGUGCGCUGCAUGAAGCUGGUGCAGCACCCCAACGUGGUGCGCCUCUACGAGGUCAUCGACACCCACGCCAAGCUCUACCUCAUCCUGGAGCUGGGUGAUGGUGGGGACAUGUUUGACCACAUCAUGCGGCACGAGGGCGGCCUGGCCGAGCCGCGGGCCAAGCACUACUUUGCCCAGAUCGUCCAUGCCAUCUCCUAUUGCCACAAGCUCCACGUGGUGCACCGUGACCUCAAGCCCGAGAAUGUGGUCUUCUUCCAGGAGCAAGGGGUGGUCAAACUCACCGACUUUGGCUUCAGCAACCGCUUCCAGCCCGGCAAGAUGCUCACCACCAGCUGUGGCUCCCUGGCCUACUCAGCACCAGAGAUCCUGCUUGGGGAUGAGUACGAUGCCCCAGCUGUUGACAUCUGGAGCCUGGGAGUCAUCCUCUACAUGCUGGUCUGCGGCCACCCCCCCUUCCAGGAGGCCAACGACAGCGAGACCCUCACCAUGAUCAUGGACUGCCGCUACACCGUCCCUCCCCACGUCUCGGCACAGUGCGCUGAUCUCAUCUCCAGGAUGCUGCAGCGGGACCCAAAGCAACGAGCGUCCCUGGAGCAGAUCGAGGGCCACCCGUGGCUGCAGGGGGUGGACCCGUCCCCUGCCAGCCGCUCCCUGCUGCCCCUCACCUCCCACAAGCGCGUGUCUGAGGAGGAGCACGAGAUCAUCCUCCAGGCCAUGAUGUGCGGGAACAUCGCCGAUCGGGACACCAUCCAGGAGGCGCUGGAAGCCGACCGCUACAACCACAUCACGGCCACGUAUUUCCUGCUGGCAGAGAGGAUGCUGCGGGAGAAGCAGGAGAAGCAGGGCCACCGCCUCAGUCUCGUCUACAACCUGGCCAAGGAGGUACAGAGCAGGCCCAACUUGUCAGACACGUUCGGCUCUGUGGGCAGCGCCGGCAGCCUCCUGCCCUUCACGGAGACAGGCGGCCUCGCCGGGGGGUCCCGGCUGCCCCCAGGAGGGGACAUUGGCGGCCGGCAGCCCACGGGGACCCUGCUGAAGGUCCCUGCGGUUGACACCACCAUCACCAAGAGCACCCCGGCCCUGCAGCAGAUAUGUGAGGAGGAAGAGGAGGACGAGGAGGAGGAGGAGAGGCCCAGCGCAAUGGAGAGAAAGAGCAGCUCUCUGAACCAGGAGCAGAUGCGAGCCUUCCUGCGCGCCCACCGCCCGCCCGGCCGCGGGGAGGUCUGGGGGCCGGGGGUUGAGCUGGGGGUCCGGGGUGGGCGCUCGGGGGUGGCCUGGGCUGGGAAGAGUGUGAGUGGGGGCCGGGGGCCCCCGGUGCUGCGAGGAAAUGGAGCUGAGCCCCCACGGAGGGAGGAGGACACAGAGCCUGGGGGCUCCUCAGCACAGUUCCCCAAGGAAAGGGGAGCCAUCCUGUCACCCCAGAGCAGCUUGGCCGGAGUUCCCCAGGUACUGGGGAAAGAGACAACUCGUGCCACGUUCCCGAGUCCUGCAGACACGUCCCCAGGGCAGGGGGAACAGAUCAGCCCGGCCCAGCAGUCGGUGGAGAGUUCGGGCCCUGAAGGGGGCGCAGAGAGUGUGAUCAAGCUGGACCCGGGCAAGAGCAAGGGGGGCAGCCUGCGGGACAGGCUCCUGCAGUUCCCGCUCUGCGAGAAAGCCCUGGCCUUCAAGCUCCGGCCGGGCUCCAAGGAGAGCCUCCUAUCACUGGGGCAGUUCAAUUGCUGCCAUGUCAUUUAA